AUGCUUUCUGGUUAUCGCAGCUGUACGACCGGCACCGAUGUCGAUACGAGGGGGAGUCAUGGCACAAAGGAGAGAGGAUGCGGUGAGGCUGCGAUUGUGUUUGGGAAACCAGGAUGCAGCCACCCCAGGACAUACAAGCUCUUGCAGCUGCCGGAUAAGGACCGUGGAGGCGACGGCGAGGAAGGAGACACCUACGCCGACUUUGCGUUUUGGGGGCAGCCAAAUCGGGCUGGUAUUGGAGAGCGAAGGCGUCGCGCUGCCCGCAAGAUGCUGCUCGUCCAUCAGGCCGGAAGCGUGAAGGUCGGAGAAGUGGUGCGAUAUACGCUUACCUAUACCCCGAGCAACGACCGCAUACUGCCUACGCCCCAGCACCUGCAUUUAAAAGUCAAGAACACAUCCGCCAUACCACUGCGCGCGGCCUGGGUGCAUGGCCCAUAUGCCCUGCACGUUGCAGCGUACUCCGCCAACUUCAAUCCUCACCACAAGAUCGACCACCCGAAGCGGGAUGGAGUGCCGGAGUAUGAGCCAAUGCUCAAAGCAGGGGGCAGCUGGACAUCGAAGCUGCUUGUGCCAGACGACAUACGCGAGACGGGAGCACAUCUUGGCAAGCGCAGGAGCUACUCGCAAAACGAGCAGGCGGCAGAUGGGGAGAAGGGAAACGUGACAUGGAUUAUCGAGAUUGCAUCGCAGAUUCUUUUCUCCAACUCCGCAUCGGUAGGCUUCGAGGUGCUCGUAGGCAGAGACGAGCGCAGUCUGGAGUUAGGCUUUGCUGCCGUUGCUGGACACGGCCAUGGCGCGCCCGCCCACAUCAAAGAGAUUCAAGGAGAGAGGGAGAGGAAGGAGGCGAGGAAGAGGGGUAAUCAGCAGUAUGAGGGUGUCUAUUCGAAGGCGGUGAGACUGGUCGUGGAAGAUACGGAUACUUUGUGGGAUAAGCCGCCACUGCCUUCGUGGGAUGAAGACGGUAGCAGACCGAAACGCCGCAAGUCGCUGAGUAGACGGAAGAGUGAAGAUACGAAGCGGCAGAUGGAGGAGGCAGCGGGUGGGAAGCCAGAGAAGCCGAAGAAGCGGAGGAAUGUGCACCUGGUCAUCUUGACGCAUGGCCUGCACAGCAACCUAGGAGCGGAUAUGCUGUUCUUGAAGGAGAGCAUCGAUGCAACAGUAGCGCAGGCUCGAGCAGACGCCAAGAAGCGGAAGCAAGAGCUGCGCAAGAAGCGAAAGGAAAAGUCGACAGGGCAGUCUGGCGCAGUCAAAGUCAAAGAUCAACAGGACGGUGAAGAAGGAACUCAUGAGACAGCAACAGCACCCUUGACGGGAGGACAGGACGAUCUCGACAACACGCCAGAUCAGGAUGAAUCAGAUGAUGAAGAGGAGACGAUUGUUCGUGGCUUCACAGGGAAUGCAGUGCGCACGGAGAAUGGCAUCCAGUACCUGGGCAAGCGGCUUGCUAAGUACAUCCUGAGAUUCACGUAUCCGGACCAGCCAUUUCUUCCGGUCAAGAAGAACUUCUCUCGCAAACUCAGCGACACCUUCACCAUGAGUGACGCGGACAAAGCAAAACGAGACGGCAAGCCAGCUCACCACGGCAGUAGCAUCCACACACCGCGAGAGGCCAAAAAGGCGGAAGAGCUGCCAUAUCACUUCACGAGUAUUUCUUUCGUAGGCCACAGUCUGGGCGGUCUCAUUCAGACAUAUGCAGUCGCAUACAUCCAGAAGCACAGUCCAACAUUUUUCCAGCAGAUCAAGCCCAUCAACUUCAUCUGUAUGGCAUCGCCAAUGCUGGGCCUGAGCAACGAGAAUCCAAUGUACGUCAAAUUUGCGCUUGAUUUCGGACUGGUAGGGAGGACAGGACAGGAUCUUGGACUCACCUGGCGGCCACCAACACUCGCAACCAAGGGCUGGCAAGCGAUGAUAGGAACUUUUGGCACAGGUCCCAACCAGAAGGACAAGGAUCCAAGCAACACGCAAGGCGAUCCUGCUGCAAAGCCUCUGCUCAGAAUCUUGCCCACUGGACCGGCGCAUACGGUCCUCAAGAUGUUCCGUAAUCGCACCGUCUACUCGAAUGUGGUCAACGAUGGUAUUGUGCCACUUCGCACGAGCUGUCUCCUAUUUCUCGACUGGAGAGGGCUCGGCAAGGUAGAGAAAGCGAGACGAGAAAACGGCCUCAUUGGCACGGUUGCAGAGUGGGGCUGGGCUGAGCUGACCGGUGCCAACUCAUCUUCAUUACAGCCAAACAUUCGUGCUGAACUUGCUGACGAGGAUCGGGAGACUUCGCCUGCGCCAGGCAAACAAAGUGAUGCCGUGCCACUACCUGCAGAAGACGAGACUGCGGAAGAUAACCGCCGCCAGACGAACAGGAUUAGCUGCGAGGGCGAAGGUGAAGAUACGGACACUCCUAGCAGGGCACCAUCGCACAUACCUAGCCGAGAUUCUUCUACCACAAGGCAGCCGGCUCAGGAUAAGGGCAUUCUGGAUACCAUGAUGGGCUGGUUCCGACCAAAUUCUCCACCAAAGCCACCGCAGCAAACAAAGAAGACUACAAAAGCUCUGCGGCGUGGGCAGACCAUACAUCAUACCGAGUGGGAGGACCACGAGAACGAGGACAAUGAUCAUCAUACCACCAGCAAUCCAACGAUGCGUCCACAUCUGCACACGAAGCGAUCAUCAUAUCACAAGCGACCGGUCGCGACUCGUGGCGAUAGCUUGACCUAUACUGAGACUGGAGAAGUUGUUGCCCCACCAAAGACUUCUAUCUUUGAGUCUGCCGGUGACAUAUUGCAUCCUCCUUUGCCUAGUAAGCAAUGGAUCUCAGAUCCCAGCACUCGUGCCAGGACGAUUUUUCAUGAUCGAGUGUACCAUCCCGAAGACAUCCCUCCGCCACCUGCCAAGCGAACCAAUACCAGUCGCUUGAGCCUGUCGUUCUCGAAUGACAGCAAUCGACAGAUCAGCUCUUCCAGCAAGAUGUCCGAAGACAGUGUGAAGAGUCAGGAUAGUGUAGUGACAAACACAACUGCAACGACAGCCACUCAAGUUGAUACUGGGGGCAUGAAGGUUGAAGAGAAGAUAGCACGAGCGUACCACCGUGAUCUAUCUUGGCGGAAAGUCUUGGUGAGACUAGAGCCCGACGCACACAACAACAUCAUCGUCCGCCGAAUGUUCGCCAACGCGUACGGCUGGCCAGUCAUCAAGCACUUGUGCGACACACACUUCGCAGACACUCAUGCUGCCAGGACCAGGGAUGAAGAGGAACCUGCCAGAGAGCGUGCAAAGCCCAUGAGUGCUGCAAUUGAUCCUGAACAUGGAGAGGAAGUCGCCGGCCAGACUGACAAGAAUGUCAAACCUCGCACACAGAGUGAAACCAGAGAAGCUCGAGACGAGCUAACUUCUCUCACCGUGCAACAUGAUGGCAUCGCACGCAGUAACAGCAAGAUGAGCAAUCCAAGCUCUUCAUACUCUUCGGGCGGCUCGGACAGGCUCAGUAGACGGGAGUCGGGAGUCUGGGACGAUGCAUACUUUGAAGGCAGUGAUGGCGAAGAUUCCGAUGCUGUUGACGAGCGGAACGUCGUUGCAAGGAUCUUGAACCCCAAUGCGCCCGGCCCGAAGCAGCCAGAGUCCAUCUAUCGACCCGAAUCUUCGACGUCAGCAUCCAGCUCCCCUGAGAAGUCGCGAAGCCCGCGCACUCAGAUCUACACAGAUGGGCAUCGUGGUCUGGCUCCCAUCUCGCCGACAGGCUCAAGGUUCAAGACCGCAAAAGAGGUGAAGGCCGCAUCACCGAAACACGCGGCAAAGCCAACAUUCGAUGCGGCAGAUGUCGACAGUCAGCGAAGCAUCACCGGCAAUCUCGUCGAGGAACCUGUACCGCUCAGUCCCACUAGUCCCGGAAGUCUCGCAGCAGACAUAGGUCUGCGGAAAAGCGUCGAUGAGCAAAUUAGCCCGACCAAAGGUUCUGGUUCGAAAGACUUCGUUGCAAAAGGAGGAGGACAUGGUGUGGACUAAAAUGAUUUUUUUUCUCGCAAGAAACGGAGACCGCUUGUCUUGUUUGGAUUAGAAUGUUAGAUGUUCAGAUAUGAUAUGAUACGAUACCCAUAGUCUGUUCUUAAUUUCAUGAAUGUGUUGU